UCAGCAGCCUGGCAGCUGGGUGUUGCUGGCGGAGAUGCAGGAGGUGCCCACUGCUGGGAUGCGACGGCUGCGAGGAAAAGGUGUGUCCAGGUGGUGGCAAAUUUGAUAUAAGGGCGGCUGCUGGCACUGCUGCUGCAGCACCAAAAGGCAGCGGGCAGGAGCCGGGUGCUGUGCAGAGCUGGGCUGAGACGGCAUCUCCCAGUGCAGGUGACAGCAGAGCUGUGUCUUGCAGUGCCAUCCCUGUCCUUUUGCACUGCUCGUGCCAUUGCCUCCCCUGCUGCAGGAUGAUGAAACCGCUGAAGCUUUUUGGAAUGGUCAUCUUUUGGGGGCUGCUCUCUCCCACCCAGGGGGUUCUGUCCGGCCUGUCCUGCGCCGUCAGUCGCAGGGCCAUGCAACAAGUGCUGUCCGAUACCAUCAUUCAGAACGAGCUUCUCCAGAAGCACCUGCAGGGCCUGGUGCUGCCGAACAUGAUGAGUGACGGGGGUCUGCUGAACUCCGCCAUCACCAUCACGGGGCUGCACCUGGAGAGGUCCCGAAUGCCCAUGCUGUCGAUGGAGCUGCUGCCUGGGAUUGGGAUGCAGUUGGUCAUCAGCGUGCGCCUGGAUCUCAGUGGCAACUGCUUGACUGACCUUCUCUCCGAGGUAAUUGUUAUCUCCCUGGAUGUGACCAUUACCACAAACAUCAAAUGCUCAAGUUUCGAGUCGGGUGCAGUCCAGGUCAUUGCUGAUGACUGCUUCUGCGUUCUUGGUGCUGUAAGGAUCAAGCUGCUCCCUGGCUUACUGUCCCUGUCAGUGCAUGACACUGUGCUCAGUCACCUGACAGCAACUUUGCCUGGUUUGCUGUGUCCAGUGAUAGAUACUGUCUUCAACGUAGUGAACAUCCAGCUCCUGAGCACUCUGGAUGUGGUGAUCCCGGUUGGCUUGAAGGGGACGGUUCACUACCACCUGGCUGGCCCACCAUUCACCUCCGGUUCGUCCCUGAUGAUGGAUUUAGAUGGCACAAUACAGGAAAUGGGAGGCAGCAUCAUCCCCCACGACUCGUAUGCCUCUGCCUUGCCCUGGCUGCCGAGCAAGCUUCUGAUCAUCGGUAUGCGCCAGAGCUUCCUCAGCUCCAUGCUGACCCUGGUGCUCCAGAUCCAGCCACACACCUUCCCCUGCUCGUCAGAAGCUUUCUCUGGAGCCAACCAGCUGAGAGAUUCCAUCACAGCCCUUUAUCCCACUGGGUGCACCAACUGCCCUGCAGCCAGUACUCUGAGCAUCCGUGUGGAGUCUGUGGGGAGCCCCAUCCUCCUCUUGGAACCCAACAAAGCCACCGUUGAGCUGUCAGUCCUGCUCCAGGUGUUCAUUAAGCACCGGGAUGGGUCCAUCAUCAACCUGCUGCUCCUGAAGGCAGACCUCAGUCUGAACGUCCGCCUGUCGAUCUCCAGGAGCAGCCUGAUGCUGGCCUUCUCCCUGGGCAGACUUUCCCUCUUCUUGCAGUCAUCUGACAUUGGCAUCAGUGAUAUCUCCAACCUGAAGCCACACCUCUUUAAGCUGCUGGUGGAGACCUACAUGCCAAUUCUGAAUGCUGCUGCAGCCUCUGGGAUACCCCUGCCGAACGUGUUCAGAAUUCCUUUGAUAACGGGAGAAAUCAAGAUCUUGUUGGGAAUAUUGUUGAUCUCCAUGUGAGCCGUGCAGUGUGCAGGCAGCUCUGGAAAGAAAGAGGGAGGAGAUCCGGUCAGGAUGGAGCAUUGGAACCAACAUUUAUCAUCUUUCCUUUCCUAAACCUAAUGUGAGGUUCUUGGUAAUAUUUAAGGCACUUUAAAUUAAACUGGCUUACAUGGAACUGAGAUGCUUGCAUAAGCCAACACCAGUUAGGCAGCUCUGUGUAGAAAUAUUUAUUUAGAGAAAUUAGGGUGAAUUAGAGGUCACGGUUGUAGAAGUGGCAUGUGAUGCUGCAGCUGAACUGUUAAAUUCCUUGAGAAUUUGGUCUUUGGGAAAGUUGUUGUCAGUGUAAUGAAGAAGUGAACUUUUUGCAUGUGGCUCUCCAGUGUGGAUCUCACCAUCCGUGCUGAGAAAAGUCCAAAGCGCUGAGCAGGAGCUCAGGAUACAUUUGUCAUUAAUUCCUUCAGUAAUAAACAUUCAUUCUUUUUUAAAGCUCAGAAGGAGGUUUGUGAUGCUCUUGGGAUGCCCCCCUGUGCCUCCUGCUGGAGGAUCUGGCCCCCCUGUGACAGUGCUAUGUUGGGGUUCGGUUUGAGAUCUUCCAUCCCAAAUUUCUAACAACUCUCUUGGAUUGCCAGUGGCUCUUGCUGUUGGGUUACCCUUUGCUAAAACACGUGUAGGAAUCAGAAUGAAACUGAAUUUCCAAACCAACAGGCAUCAGGUCCUGUGUCACUCAGGGCGCCCUAGGGCUGGAUGAGCUCUGAGCACCCAUGUCCCAGCUCAGUGGUGUGGGUCUGGCAGUGCCAACCUGGUGCCAGGAGGAGCUCAGGGCAUGGUGACCCUGGCCUCUUGCUGCCAAGCUAAUAAAUGCUCUUGCUACUGCAGCCUACUCCUCUUGGGAAGCUAGGUUAAGAUAUAUUAGUCAAGGAAUAAUGGUUGCAGCUCUACCAGCAAACUUUUAUUAGGAACAGUUCCUGCUAUUGCCAACCUCGAGCAUUAAAAUCAUUAGUCAGGUCCCCAGGACGGGCAUAGAAACCUUCAGGUUUUUUCCCUCCCUGCAAUAAAUCACACUGGCUUGUUUUGUUUCCUUUCCUAUCCCCGACUCUCUGAAAUAUGAGGUUUUCAAGUGCUUUUCAGCUGCUCCAAAGGCUGGAAAUGAUGUGGACAGGGAAAGCAGAUGGAUGUGUAAUUAACACAGCUCCGUGGGCUGGGUGCUGAGCGCACUGCGAGCGGUGUGGGCACU